AGGCAAAUUUGGGUGGAUAGGACGCGACGACCCGUGCAGGAAUUUUUUCCGUAGCAAAAGAAAAACACGGCUCUGUCCUUCGUCUUCUUCCUCCCUGCCCGAAAGAAUCAAGAAUCUUCCCAUCCCCCCCGGCAUCUCUCUCUCUCUCUCUCUCUCCGUCGAAAAACACGGCCUUCAAGAUCUGACCGAGUCGCUCCCGGCGGUGGCGGGGUCGAGGGCGAUCGACGCGGCGCUCCGGAAUGUGUUCGGCUUCCGACUCCUCCAGUCGUCCGCCGCCUUUCGUGCCCAGGACCAUCGCCCAUUUCCUCACGGAGAUCGCCGACGUCGCUGACGGAUCCUCCAAGCUGGAGGACUUCGUGGGGAGGUUGCAGGACGAGCUCGGCAAGAUCGAUGCCUUCAAGCGCGAGCUCCCUCUUUGCAUGCUCCUGUUAAGCGAGGCGAUUGAAGCUCUCAAGAACGGGUCAAUGCGACCGAGUGCACCGAGCGCUCGACCGGUUCUGGAACUACUCAUCCCGUCGAAGAAUGAUUCUGGUGGGAGCGAAGGGGCUGGAGAGAAGCCGAAGGACGAGAGGAGAUGGACGACGAGCUCACUUCAGCUGUUGGACACUGAGGAGAACUUCUCCUCCUCCUCCUUCGAUUUGAACGAAAACCCUAAAGCGGAACUACAAACUGAGAUUAUUGAAGAGCAGAAGCUGGCUGCCUGCGAAGAUCAAUCGCAAUUUCAGACUUGCAAAAGCAGGAGGAGUGUGGACACAAGAAAAUCACGCUCUUUGUUCCCAUCAGCUAUGGCUUCGAGUGAACCGGCGGAAAUUCCGUUGCAUGGGUUUUUAUCCCUCGGUGUGGGGAUGAAGAAUCCCAGCGAAGAAUCGUCUUCUUCUACCGGUACCAUAAGUGGUCGCAGUAGGACGAUUUCCUCGGUUGACUGCACUGCACAAACGAGUUCGAGGGGCGGAAGCCGACAGACUGCCAAGAAGAGGAGGCGGUCCUGGUCUCCCGAGCUGCAUCUGCGCUUCGUCGAUGCCUUGCAGCAACUAGGUGGUGCACAAGUUGCAACUCCAAAGCAGAUUAGAGAACUGAUGCAGGUCGAUGGCCUCACUAAUGACGAAGUUAAAAGUCAUCUGCAAAAGUAUAGGCUUCAUAAUCAAAGACUUCCUAUUAAAGCUUCCCCAGCACAAAAAUUGAGCGUUUUGCAGGAUCUCCAGAUGGCAAGAGAUAUUUCUGGUGACUCCUUGAAGAUGAGCGGUCCCCAAUCUCCUCCUCCUCAGAGUCCACUUCAUAUUGGGAAAUCCCGGGUUGACCUCCCACACUGCCAGCGACUGCAUGGAAGAAGAUUGAGAGCCGUGAGAUCCAUAGCUCGAAGGGCAAUAUCUAUAAGCUUGAGAAAUGAGUUAUCCUACUCUUACAGCAAAAGUUCUUCAGAUAAAAAGAAAAGGUAUACAUAAAGGAGCAAAUCACAAUAACAUAUUACACAGUUCAUCACAUGUCAGAGAUACAUACUUCUGUACAAGGUUGGAUCAGAGGCUCUCAAUUUUUGCAGGAUCAGUUCUCCUCCCUCAGAAAUUUUUAAUUAUUAGUUUGCCUUUCUUCUGCUUAUCUUGGCAAUCUUAUUCUGACCGCAUACUUGUAUACAUUUCUUGGUAUUUAAGUGUAUAGGAGCAUUGAGGCCUUGAUUGAGUUUCUUGGUAUGGUUAACAUUUUUCCAGAUUAGUUUACCGGUGACCUUGCAGUUUGUUGCU